GCCGCAGGGCCCCGCCGCCGGGCCGCGGGCUCUGAGGGCAGCUGGGCUUCCCGUCCGCCUCCGCUGCUUGUGCCCGGUGCCGCUGCCUCCGCACGGGCCCGGGGACGCGGAGGAUGAGCUGGUUCAACGCUUCGCAGCUGUCCAGCUUCGCCAAGCAGGCGCUGUCGCAGGCCCAGAAGUCCAUCGACCGGGUGCUGGACAUCCAGGCCGAGGAGAGCCCCUGGCCCGACGCCGUCAUCCCCGACUACGGUGACGGAACAAAUUCUCUCAUAAGUGGAGGAUGGGAUACAUCUUCCUGGGGCUUAAGUUCAAAUACAGAACCACAGAAUCAGCCAAUAUCGCCAACAGCAAUCACUAAGCCGGUGAGGAGGACGGUAGUAGAUGAAUCUGAAAACUUCUUCAGUGCCUUUCUCUCUCCAACAGACGUUCAGAGUAUACAGAAAAAUCCGGUGGUAUCCAAACCUCCAACCAAAUCACAGAGACCCAAAGAGGAGGUGAAAAGCACUUUAAAGGAAUCUCAACACCCCAGUCAGCUGGAAGUACCAGUGCCUACAGAGGCAGAGGUAAAGGAUUGCUCUGUAGCUGGCCUAGUGGACUUAAAAAACCUUGAUGUUCCCAAGGGGAAAAUAGAAGAGAAUUCUGUGCUUAAAUCUAAUGCCAAGCAUGAAGAAAGCACAAAUGAAGUCACUGACAAAAAGGUGUCUGCUCUAAAUUUGGAAGUACCUGAAGACGCUGUUAAUGAAAAAUCCAGUGCAGGAGGGAAUGGAAGGGGAGGUGCACUGGAUAACACUUCACAGUCUCUUAAUGCAGGUGCAAAAGACGUGGGUUUGGAAACUAAGGAGAGAAAGACUGAGGACAGGCAAAGCAAUACUCCAUCACCUCCAAUUAGCACUUUCUCCUCGGGGACAUCCACAACUAGUGAUAUUGAAGUUCUGGACCAUGAAAGUGUAAUAAGUGAGAGCUCAGUGGGUUCAAGACAAGAAGCUGCAGAUUCAAAAUCCAGUCUUCAUCUAAUGCAGACGUCAUUUCAGCUCUUAUCUACAUCUGCCUGUGCAGAUUAUAAUCGUUUAGAUGACUUCCAAAAACUGACCGAGAGCUGCUGCUCCUCUGAUGCUUUUGAAAGAAUUGAUUCAUUCAGUGUACAGUCUUUAGAUAGUAGAAGUGUAAGUGAAAUAAAUUCAGAUGAUGAGUUAUCAGGCAGGGCUUCUGCUUCAGCAUCUGUUGCUGUCAGUCCUUCUGCGCCAAAGACAGAAACGGUUGAUGCCCUGAAAAAUAAAUCUGAAAACUUGAAUGACGCUCCUGUUUUACAUGCUGAGGAAGCUGAGAUGGAAGAGAGUGGGAGAAGUGCAACUCCUGUUAAUUCUGAGCAGCCAGAUGUUUUGGUUGCUGCCGUGCAAACUGCUGAAGAACAGAUUGUGAGAGAGGAGACUGAGGCGCAGCAGGAUGCCGUUGGAAAAAUGUUAGAAGAGGACACUGAAAAACAAGAGCUUAAAAAGAUGAUUGAUUCAUUAACUGAGAAACUGGAGAAGAGGGAAAUACAGUUAUUAAGUACUAGUAAAGAAAAGGCGCGCCUGGAAGAAGCUUAUGAUAACCUAAAAGAUGAAAUGUUUAGAAUGAAAGAAGAGAGCAGUAGCCUUUCAUCUCUUAAAGAGGAGUUUGCUCAGCGAAUUGCGGAUGCCGAAAAGAAGCUCCAGCUAGCCUGCAAAGAAAGAGACGCAGCUAAAAAGGAAGUAAAGACUGUUAAAGAAGAAUUGGCUACUCGACUUAAUACCAAUGAAACCGCUGAAUUAUUGAAAGAAAAAGAAGAGCAAAUCAAAGGAUUAAUGGAGGAAGGAGAAAAGCUUUCCAAACAGCAGCUGCACAAUUCCAACAUUAUUAAGAAAUUAAGAGCCAAAGAGAAAGAGAGAGAAAAUACUAACACAAAACAGAAUAAAAAGAUUAAGGAAUUGGAAGAGGAGUUACAGCAUUUAAAGCAGGUACUUGAUGGCAAGGAAGACCUUGAGAAGCAGCAUCGAGACAGCAUUAAACAACUGAACAGUGUUGUAGAGCGACAAGAAAAGGAUCUUGCUAAACUUCAGGCAGAAGUGGAAGACCUUGAAGAACGGAACAGAAGUGUUCAGGCAGCACUUGACAGUGCAUACAAGGAACUUGCAGAUCUUCAUAAAGCUAAUGCUACAAAGGACAGUGAGGCACAAGAAGCAGCCCUAAGUCGGGAAAUGAAGGCAAAGGAAGAGCUUGGGUUAGCUCUGGAGAAAGCGCAGGAUGAGGCUCGGCAGCAACAAGAAGCUUUGGCUAUUCAGGUGGCGGACCUGAGGCUAGCACUGCAACGUGCAGAACAGCAGGCAGCAAGAAAAGAAGACUAUUUACGCCAGGAAAUUGGUGAAUUACAACAGAGACUCCAAGAAGCAGAGAGCCGGAAUCAAGAACUAAGUCAAAGCGUUACAUCUGCUACACGGCCACUUCUCCGACAGAUAGAAAAUCUGCAAGCCACACUGGGAGCACAGACCUCUGCAUGGGAAAAACUGGAAAAGAACCUUUCUGACAGACUUGGUGAGUCUCAAACUCUUCUAGCAGCAGCUGCUGAGAGAGAACGGGCUGCUACAGAAGAACUUCUUUCUAAUAAAAUUCAGAUGUCUUCUACUGAGUCUCAGAAUAGUCUUUUAAGGCAAGAAAAUACACGUCUUCAGGCUCAGCUAGAAGUGGAGAGAAACAGAUUGAAGAAAAUGGAAAACGAAAACAGUAGGUAUGAGAUUGAACUAGAAGGGCUCAAAGAUGAAUAUGCAAAAACCUUGGAAGAUGCAAAGAAAGAAAAGACACUGCUAGCUACACAGUUAGAAAUGGAGAAGAUGAAAGUUGAACAGGAAAGAAAGAAGGCAAUUUUUGUGCAAGAAGCAGCAAAGGAGAAGGACCGGAAGUCAUUUACAGUUGAAACUGUUUCAAGUACUCCAACUAUGUCACGCUCUAGUUCCAUAAGUGGAGUUGACAUGGCAGGUCUUCAGACAUCUUUCCUCUCGCAGGAUGAUCCUCAUGAUCACUCACUUGGGCCAAUAGCUACUAGUGGGAGCAAUCUUUAUGAUGCUAUAAGGAUGGGAGCAGGUUCAAGUAUAAUUGAAAAUCUUCAAUCACAGCUAAAAUUAAAAGAAGGAGAGAUUUCACAUCUACAGCUGGAAAUUGGAAACCUUGAGAAAACUCGAUCAAUAAUGGCAGAAGAACUGGUUAAAUUAACAAAUCAAAAUGAUGAACUUGAAGAAAAAGUGAAGGAAAUACCAAAAUUACGUACACAGUUAAAGGAUUUGGAUCAAAGAUACAAUACAAUUCUUCAGAUGUAUGGAGAGAAAGCAGAGGAAGCGGAAGAGCUCCGACUAGAUCUUGAAGAUGUGAAAAACAUGUACAAGACUCAGAUAGAUGAACUUUUAAAACAAAGGCAAAAUUAAUUCCUGCUGGAACUCUUUAACAUUAUAUGAUAACAGAUUGUAAAGAUAAUGGUUUAUGUAAAUGCUGAAUUUAAAUGUCUUGUAAAAAUAACUGUAUUAUAGAAAAUGUGACUAUAUAAUAGAGUUCAUAUGUUGACAAAAAAAUCAAUGCUUUAAGUGUCUUGUACUGUCUGCAGUUAAGUUAUUUGUGCAAUAUUUAAUUUUUUUUUCAGUCAUCCCUUUAUUUAAGUUUUUGCUAAAUGAUGGACCAUUUUACUUGUAAACAGUAGCAGAAGUGAUGAUUGUACCUUGUGAGACAGCACUGGAAGGCAUGAGUUUUACUAAAGCAGCCCUUGAUUCAUAAACUCUGUAUGCCUAUGAAAAUGACAUUAGACGUCUUUCUUAAGUGUUCUUAAUAUGAGCUUUUCUAAAAUCUCAUCAGUUCGUUAAUUUUUAAUAACAAUAGCAGUGUCUUGUUUUCUGAGGCAUAGUUAGAUAUUUUUAUGAUGGGAAAAUGGUAUUUGUACUUGCAACUUCUGAAUCUGUUAGGAUGAUAAUUCUCUAUUCUUACAAAUCAGAUUAGUCUGACUAUUUUACACUAAGUCUUCUAAAGCAGAGUGUGAGACUCAGAUAAGACUUGAACAGCUUCAUCUUGUGUACUGCUUGCGUUCUCAUGAGCUGUCUGGAGACAGCAGCUCUGCUCAUAAUUCUAAAUGUCUUUAACUUUUAACACCAGAAAUCUGAACUAUUCAAUAUUUGUUCUAGAUUUGGAUACUGAUCUUUGAUAGUAGCUAAAACAGUUCAGAAGAAUGCUGGAAAUUGAUUUUUUUUUUUUUUUUAAUUUUAUUUUAAAUAAAUUGCUGCUGCUCUCAUGGUUCCUUGUAUAUAAGUAGCAAGGGUUAGACUUUUUGCAGAAUUGUACUGUGACUUAAUAUAGUUUUCAAGCAAUUCUCCAGUGGCUGCUGAGUAUUUCUCAUGUCAUUCCUUAAGCAAGGUAUUGGUCAAAUAGCAUCCACAUGGCUUGAAGUUUAGCUGCAUUUUUGGUAAUGUCAGAGGAAAUGUUUGAAUUGGACCCUUGGGAAUGCUGAGAAUCGGGGGAAGAAGCUUGCGUCUUCCUCUCUGCAUUCCAGACAGCAGAUAUUUUUGCUACAUCUCAGAACUGUAGCUGUGAUAGUUAUUCAUGUGAAAUAACUCGGCAGUUGAAUUUCUUUGCUUGUGAUACCAUUGCCUCUAUUGAGAGAGGGUUUUUUCACAUCUUCGCAUGUUGUCGUUUGUGUUAGAGAGCUCAAUUCCUGCUUGUGUAUUCAGUGGCCUGAGAGAGAGAAAUGAUGUGAAUGAUGAGAACUUGCUUCUGGAGAAAAGCCUUUCAGUAAUAUGACUUCUCUGUGGGUGUUAAGAGAUGUAUUCCUCAUUGGGAGAACAGUUAGUCACUGAAGUUACACAGGCAAGAGUAUGUUCAUGGAAAAGCCUAGUUCAGUUUGAGAUUCGAGCAGUUACUCUGAGGAUUUCAAUAAAGCCACAGAGCAAGAACACUAGAAUUUGUCUUAAAUCCCCAUCUGUCAUAGAAACUUUAAUUGCUUUAAUAAAAUAAAAGACUUUCUUUCUUU